AUGUGCAAGAAACAAGAUGAUGCGACGGUUUCAUUUUGUAGCAUCAGUAAAGAGUGCGUGGCGGAUUCCGAGUCUCCCGAUGGUUACCGGUGUCGCUGUGAGGUGAAAGAGGACGGGCGAUUAGUGGAGGAGGCCUGCGACCUCUGCAAGUCCACCUCUCCGCCGCCCGAAGCAAAGUGUCACGAACGCUCGGAGUUGCUUAUUCUCUGUAACCCACUGGGCACUGAAAGCAUCACUCCUGAGGAAAAUUGUGUGUGUAAGAACGGGUACGAGGGUGAACAAUGCAGAGAGUGUUCUGAGGGAUUCAUGAAGUCUGGUGACAAGUGUCUGCCGUGCUACUGUGCUGGCACAACCAAGUCCUGCAGGGCCUCUGACGUUCACUUCUUCGAAAAUAUCUCCCUCGCUAACCCAGGUCGAUACAAGUUUGACGUCUUCAUGUCAAGGAAAUUAGCCAAUGGGGAGCUAGCCGCGGUGCCAUUGAGUGGUGCUGACAAGGCCAGAAUAGAACGGGUCCACGCGGUGUCGAAUGUGCACAAGUUCGGCCCCCCCGAGGACUUGAUUAUUCGUGAACCCCUGGCCCGAGAUGGCAUCUCACAAGUCACAAUCAAGCUCAUGGACACUCAACGUGGCGCCACAAAAUCCGAUCUACCUGUUUAUCGGUAUUUGUACGGUGGAAAGAUGUCGUUCCGUUUCAAACGAGCGCAACCGCAGCGUACCGGGAAAGAAAACCAAGUAGUUGUCACAAUCGAGUCGCCUAAAUUCGGCACUGCUUGGACGACCGCCAAUUUCAAUCCUAAAACACAGCGCUACGAAGUCGUGUUCAGCGAAGAUUGGUGGAAACAUGGCUGGCGUUUGCACAAAGAUGUCCUGUCUCGAGCAGCUCUACUCCGUGUGCUGGGCACAGCCAGCUCCAUUGGCAUUCCCCUUAUGGCCACUAACAACGGCCUUGAAAAUGCACGAAUCGGAGGCUUGUCUUUUGAACUUGCCCGGGACUUCACCGACGACGUCGCUGCAGCUGAGGGUCUGCGAGCGGCUCCUGUAGAAGUCUGCGACUGUGAAGGCCAUGGCGGCAGAAGCCUCUCCCCAAGUUGCGAGGGUUGCACUGAUUUGUCAAAGUCGACUGCGGUGCGUCUGGACCCAAGCGGACCUGACUUCGAGUGCGGUGCGUGUGAAGGACCAAACUGUGACACGUGUGAGGCAGGGCAGUUCAAGUAUGACUUCCUCACAAACGAAGUCUACGAGAAGUGUCAAAAGGGCGUUGAGAUGGACACAGAAGGUCGUGUCGUGGUGGCAGAGCCGGGUAGCCGAGUGUCGCUCACCUGCCGUGCGACCUCGUAUCGCGGUGGCAUUGCCGUUCACACCUGGCGACUGCCGGCUCACGUGGCAGGAUCCACCGACAUCUCCAUCAGGCGUGAGCUGCUUCCCUUUAAGCCAAAAUCGGAGACCGGCAAGUGGGAGCCAAUCACCUCGGAGACACAACUUCAAAUUGACAACGCCAAGAAGGAGUACUCGGGUCUCUACGAGUGCCAGGUCGCGGCUUUGGGAGUCAACCUCACUGAACCAUUCUACCUUGUCAUCAGAGAUCCAGAUGAAGAGCCUCCAAGCGAACCAGGUGACACUUUGAAUGAGGAGUUUCCCGUGCCAAUGCCUGUUCCUGAUGCACCCCCAGCAACAGAGUUCCUCACGGCUGAUACGGACCCCGAGGAUCCCACUGCCACGGUUCUCCAGGGCAAAGUUUAUCCACCAACGAGUCUCGACAACUUCCACCUUGUCUGGCUAUCUCCUAAUGGAACCCAGAUGCUCCCGCUGAGCGACCCAAUGAUAGAUUCAACAACAGGGGAAUUCCGUGUUCGCCUACCUAUCGAUCUAACCAAAGUAGACGAACUUGAUGGUAAAAUUAAUGGUUUCCUUGUGGGCAAGGACCCAAUCAACACGCCUAUUUGGGUGCCCCUACCACCACCCACCAGAAUCAAGGAACCACUGAAACCAGAGGAUAUGCCAGGAAUAAGACUGAACCAAGAAAGUUUCAAUCUGUCUUUUCUUGAGCCCGCUAAAAUUCGUGUUGUUUUCGCCGACGGAAAACCGAAGAACGUGAAAAUCAAGUGGCGGCGCCUGGAACCCACGCCUGUAGAAGACCCGGCUGGGUUUCUACCAGGCAUGGGAGUCACACCAGAUGGCGACUUGGUCAUUUGGGCUGCGGGCGAGGAGCACGAGGGUACGUAUGAGGCUGAGGUCACCAACCCAGAGACAGGCGACGUCGUUAGGUUGAACACUACGAUUCGCGUCGCCCCCAUGUUACCCCCCAAGGAGAUUCCCGUGUCCCCUGGAUCGGCUGGCGAGAGCCCGGAGGAGGUGAGGGACGUGGAACCGCCACAGCCGACUGCUGACGACGCCUUUGUCUACUACGUCACCGGAUUCACUCCUAGCUCGGUAUACUGUGCUCGGCCUAAGUGGACACUAAUGGAUAAGGCGUUAAAUACAAGCAAGGAUAUUAGCGAUAGAGUCAAUCGAGAGAGCGAGUCAAGAUUCGUCAUCAACUACCCCCUCUCAAGCGGCAAAUACAUCAAGUUUGAGUGUCUUCCAGUACCGACGACAAAUCUCACUGGAUCGCUUCAUUUCGACGUUGAUUCACCGGAUCUUCGUGUCAUAAUUCUUCCGGAAUACGAUGACCCUUAUUCCAUCUUUCCGACCAGACUUGUCUGUGCAGAAGGAAAUCCAGACAUCAAGGCAAACGUGACCAUUACCUCUGACGGUCUAACUGAACAAGAAAUUAAGGCCCUUGAAAAUCCAGCGUCGCGGAGCCAGGAGUUCGUGGAAUUGGAUUGGCGUCGUGUGGGUGGAUUUCGACCGUUUAAAUACUCCCGGAAGUACACAUGCACUGCGAAGUCUCCAACAAUGACCGUGGAGAAGUCGGUGACAAUCAGACCGAGGGUUCUUCCAGGAGGUAUGGAGCUCAUACAGAGGCCAACGCCACCGAAAUUGACGAUUUCGUCACCUGGUCAGGCUCUUAGUCAUGAGGGCGAUGAUAACUAUCGAUUAGGUGUCACUGAGGGUCAGCCAGCACAGUUCAUACUUGUGAUUCUGAGCACCGCAGCUGAUAACCGAUGUGCGACACUUCGAUUCUUUCAGAUCAUCGCUGAAUACGACUCGCCUUCGAAGACCGGGGAGAUUACCUGGACGCUAGAUGAUUCGAAAGACGUUCCAGAGGUAAAUUCGGAUGGAGAUCAUUCGUGGACACGAGUUAAUAUCUCGGAGAUGCCUCGAACGUUUGAUGAUAAAGUCCUCGCCUUCGUAAUUGACACUCCUGAAGGCGAGAAGACAGCCAGGGUUACUCUCGAAGUUCGUCCGGCCGAUAGGUCCUUUGCAAUCGUGCAUCUAAACAGCACCUCACUCGUCAACGGCGACCUGAUUGGACUGACUGGUGGGGACAUGGCGAUUGAUGUGAAAUCCUUCGGCCCCGACGGCUCAGAACUGCCUGGCGACCUGGAGACCUUCUGGCGCGUCACUCAGGCCAAUGGUGCACCAGUUAAGUUGGACGACGGCGUCCUAGCCGAGCGCUACGCUCAGCCGAAGCCCUACCGCCUCGAACUCCAGGGACUUCCACGUCGGCCCACUGAGUUCCGCAUAUUUGCCGGGGUUGUUGUUCCCUUCGGAGAAAAGAAGGAGUUGUUCACCUCCAUUCCGCACCGCCUCAUUGUCCGUGAGGGUCUCAUUCAGGCCUACGUCGUUGGUCUCACGGGACCAGAUGUUCUUUCUGGACCUGAACUCAGCACAGUUGGAGCCACCUGUGUUGCCCAUGAUGUUUGGCGUAAUAAGACAGUGCGGGAGAUAACAUACGACUGGGACUAUGUAAUUCGCCCGGAUGGAGCGGUUACGCAGUUGCCUACAUCGACAGACAAGAUUCAACCUGAGGUUCCAAAAGAGACUGAACUGCCAUGGUCGGUGAUGACUUUCCACGAGAACUCUGUCUACUUCGGCCAGUUAAAAAGUCGUCCUGGCUGGACAGCACACUUGCGCUGCCGGGCAAAGUCGAAUGUAACCGGCCAACUCGUUGUCUCAGAGUGGUUCAAACUCAACGUCAUUCCGAUUGAUAUGACUGCCAAAUUCCCGGUUAUUGAAAUUCGGCCAACCUUUGAUCCCGAGGUGUCACGCUUCCCUGUCAAGGUUGAGUGCGUUGACACGAACACAAAGGUGCCAUCCACUGUAACCUGGUCCAAAGAUGAUCAAGUCCUGCCUCCGUCGGUGAAGAUGGAGACUGCGGAAAAUUCGGCCGUAAUCUCCUGGUCGGUGAGCGACUCAAACGAGUUCGCACCUCGUGCACUGGCGGGAAUGUACACCUGUGAGGCGAAGAACGAAUUCCGCACUGUCAGUGAACGUCUCUUCCUUCCUGACGACAUAAUGGAGAAACAUGAGCGAGAAAAGGUGCCCAUUACGAAGGACCUCAUUCGUAUCAUGUCCCCGUAUGCGCCAAUUGAGGAGGUCGAUGGUGUGAAGCAAGUAAAACUAGAGGAAGGCGGGAUGUUUGAGCUAAUCUGCGAGUACUACGGUUAUCCACCGCCGGCCGACGGUGUGAGCUGGCGCCUCAAGCAGGGAGAUGACGAGGGUUCCACAGGGGACGCACUAGCCCAGAUCCACGGCCUUGUCUGGGAACGCGGUCGCAACUACUGGGCCUCGGUGCAGUCUGACGCCUUCAAUCAAUAUGCCCCCCAGACUGGUGUCUACACGUGCGAGGCCAUCGAUAAAACCGGACACGUCAUCGCCUCUGACUCCGUUACCGUUGCAGUAGAUUCGGCACUUUUAACGAGUGUCGCAGUGUUCCGUGGUUACGAGUUAUUCAACAAAGUCAACCAACUCACAUCUGUCCUUGCCUUUACACGACUUUCCUUUCCUUCAACAGCUCCCGUGAAAGAGUACAACGUUGAGGUACUCGGUCUGGACGAUUACGGCGUUCUUUAUCUGCGACCCGGUGGAGAGGGUCGCGUGAGUUGCAGGGUCACAGAUGCCGCCACAGGCGAAGUUGUUGCCACCUUCGGCAGACUGAAGAAGCUUCAAUGGGACGGUCCCCUGGUGGAGACGGAGAAGGUCAAAACUCUCGACGACGUGGCUCACACUGUUCAGGUGGCAGGAGAAGAUCUCCACUUUCAGGGCGUCCACGCUGACCUGCCUGAGGAGUUGUGGGGUAGAUGUACCUUCUUUGACGGAAAGGUCCGUAAGGAGUCCAAACCAUUCCGUAUUGUUGUUCAGGGUGAAGGAGGAACGGACGGAAAAGUGAAGACGAUAGUUGUAGAACAUCCCAGGGAAUCGCCGAACAAGCGAAAAUUCCAGUGCGAUGCAUUUGACACAACCGACGGUCAUCGUGUGGGUGAUGCCACCGUCACGUGGUAUUUCGUGACCCCUGGCGGCCACAAGAUCCUCCCCGGUCACUUGUUCAAGCAUGUUGAGACUGAGGGCAGGACAAUCGUCUUGACUGAUCUUCGUGAAGAUGUGGACCUUUCGAUGUUAGCCGGCGGUGAAUCCACUGUGGAGGGUCGUUGUGCCGCCUACAUACCAGAAACCAUGACUACCUACCCGUCGGAACCAUUCAUGACUCUUGCGGCUAAAGAUGCUGACAAAACACCAGAAUUUAUUGACCGGGAAGAGAAAGACGACAAACCUCUCAUAACUAUCAAAGGUGAUGAUAGAGGUCAAGUUCAAGUCGAAGAGGGCAAAGACGUCAGCUUGAAGUGUGCUGUCGAGGAAACACUGGAAUCGCCCAAACUUAAUCCGGAUCUCACCUAUCAUUGGCUGAUCACCCGUAAGGACGGUCGCCCCGUUGACACCUCCGUGAUUGCUGACAGGGUUGAGGUGGUUCCACUGGCCGAAGGCGGACUCGAGCUCAAAUUGACUGGCCUCAGAGCGUCCGCCGCUGGUCUGGCAGCCAAGUGUUUGGUCCGAAACGAAACGAAAACCGAUGAUGCGAAACCGGCGUGGAUUAACUUCGACAAAGGCGGUGAUGUUGUUACAUUUUCCGGCGACAAACUUACUGACCCCGGACAGAAACCACCUUUCACUGGCACGCCAGAGUACGAGACAGUUCCAGAAAACGACAAGAAGAAUAGGUACACUGUGAAAAUCGAGGGUCUGGAUGAGUCUGGCCGUCUGGCUGCGCCUGAAGACUCAGAUGUAUCUCUGAAAGUGAAAAUUAUCGAUAAGGAAACAGGCGAAGAAGUGCCUCUAACAGACCCGGCGUGGAGAGCCGCUGGUGUGGAAGUCCAGCACGCUGACGGACUGCCAGCACCACUGAGUCACCUGGCGAACCAAGUCCAUGUUGACUCCAAGACCGGUGAAAUCAAACUCACAGGAUAUAAGGGUGAUUCAAAUGUGGAUAAAGCUGGAGAUUUGUUCGUGCGCGUGGUUGUUGAAAAGAUGUCCACUGAAUCGGAGGACGAGUGGAAACCGAAACCCGGACAGACAGGAGAUCCUAGAAAAGAACGUUUUGCCUCACCCUUCGCUCAAGUCGUCGUCUCCGACAGGACUGAGCCGGAGGACCGUCAGGAGGCCGAAAAACCGGAGGCGUUGAUCGCUGUUGUGCAUGGUCUCACCAAAUGUCACACACUCGCCCUGGAAAAAGGAAAGGACUUGCGUCUGACUUGCCGAGCCCGAGGUGUAGAAGACACAGAAGGUUUGGUCUUUGACUGGGAACUCAGGAAUAUCCUCGGUCAACGUGUUCCCAUGGAUGUGAUUGCCAAAACUGCCGUGCGUUCCGACAACGAGCUCCAUCUUAGCGGCAUGAGGGUGUUGGCUGAUGAGUACGAAGUCUUGCUCGGGCGUUGUGUGAUUGCACGUAAAACAGGCGACUCUGCCAAAUACUACAGUCGAGACUUUGUCGUAGGACCAUCAUGCAAACCAGCUGAGCCGGAAGAAGUGCGAGUUGUCGAGAUCCCAAGCAAAGAUCCAAGUCAACGUCUAUUCCGUUGUGUGGCCACGAAGAGAACUGACGGAUCCAUAAUCCCUGGAACAGCCUACAAUUGGGAAUUCGCGACUUCCGAUGGCAGCGUUAUUCUGCCUGGUCAUCUCUUUGAGGGUGUGGAAAUGAACGGUGACUCUGUAGUCCUUGAAAAGCUCCGUGAUGAUGUAGACUUGUCCAAAUACUUCGGUGAUGGCGGUGAUCUGACAAUCGAAGGUCGCUGUGUCGCCCUUGUGCCUUCACCGGAGGAUAAGGAUGAACUCAAAUUGGUCAAGUCGGAUCCAAUGGUUCGUGUGGUUAAAACUAAAAAACAGCCCAAACCGACUUACGUAGACAAAGACGUUCUUGAAGAGGACAAACCCCGGGCUCAAGUAACGGGUGCCGAGGAUGGCAAGGUGGUUGCAAAGGAAGACGAAUCAAUAACGCUGAAAUGUGGUGCAGUGGACUACCAAACAGGAGCUUCUCUCAGUGGACUUGACUACUUCUGGGAAGUGCAGACGCAAGAUGGCCAACCGGUAGACACUAGCGCCCUGGCGGAGAAGGUAGAGCUAAUGCCGUCAAGCGAUAAAUCGGAGUUUGAACUGAAGCUCACCAAAUUGCGACACACUGCCAACGGUCUUCGCUUGAGAUGCAUUCUGACCAACUCGACGACUGCGACAGAUCUUCCUCCAGACGCCCCUCGUGAUGGACUUGUUAGACCCGGGCACCAGCUUCCUGGAGAAUUCAUUGAUUUCGUCGUUGAGGGGGAUCCAGAUAAACCAGGACCUAAGUUUGAUAGUCUAAAAGACCUCCAUUCCACAAUACCGGACAGUGAUCAAAGGAAAGCAUUCCGAGUUCAAGUCCACGGCCUCGAUGAAAGUGGAAACUUGGCUGGAAGGAAGGAUUCCGACAUCGUGUUGAGGCCUGAGCUCAUUGACACUUUCACCAACAAGAAAGCCGAAGUUCCAGAGGGAGGCGACGUUGCUUACGGCCUGGAGGUUUCCAACGCUGACGGAAGUCCGGGUCCACUGAACCAAAUUGCGAAUUCAGUUGAAAUCGAUGGGAAAACGGGAGAGAUCAAGUUGGUCGGCUACCGCGCCGAUCAGCACAACCCCAACGCUAAGGAUCUUCGGAUGAGGGUUGUGGCAGAGAGGACACAGCCGUCGUCUGCGACUGAGCCAGAGAAACGCCAACGAUUUGCGUCGCCCUACUUUUAUCCCGUUUUGGUUCAGGAAGACGGAGAACCUGUCGAAGAUCCCAGACCGGAUGUACAGAAAUUGCCUGAAUUGAAGCCAAUGGUUGUCGGUUUGAGUGAUUGUGGCAACCUACCCAUCGAAGAGGGCACUCAGAAGAUAUUGGUGUGCGAUGUUAAAAGUUCAACUGACGACGUGAACAAACUGCUCUACGGCUGGGAGUUGCGUCUGGAAAAUGGCGAAGAAAGGCCUCUGUCUGGCUUCAUUGCUGACUUCUCAAAGCAGUCGGGCAACAAACUGGAACUGCUGAAACUGUUCAAACCAACUAAACGUGUCUUUGGUCGCUGUGCGGUCGCUCGACCCGAUGGAGACGGCUCAAAGUACUUCAGCGAGUACUUCGAGAUUGGCGCGACAUGUGAACCUGACCCGAAAACACGUGUGAAGGUUGACGUUCAGGAUAUUCCACGUCAUAAUCCUGAAGAGAAGGCUUUUGAGUGCAUUGCAUAUGAUUCGCUCAGCGGUGCCCGCUUGGAAAAUGCCACCUUUGACUGGCGAUUUGUGUCACCUGAAACUGGAAAGGUCAUUCCACCGGGCCUGCUCUUUGCCAAGGUCACGACGGAGGGAAGCAGGUUGACUUUGGACAGCAUGAGAGACGAUGUCGAUCUAGCCACCCUGACUGGGUCCAACAAACUGCACGGUGAGUGCGUCGUCGAGGUUCCCAAAAGUCCGGAUGGUUUAGAUUCCGACAAGUAUUCUUCGGGACCGCAAAUUUUCAUCGAACGGGACGCGACCGGUGCCUCCAAAAUAGAAACAGUCGAUGAAGUGGCGAAGAAGAAAUUCAGGUUCCGCAUUGAUGGAGUCAAAGACGGCAAAGUGGUUCUUAACGAAGGGGACAACAGCGUGAUCAGUUGCACAGUUGAGGAUCCAGAUACUCGUCGUCCUCUCGAAGGAAUUGUCGUCAACUGGGCUGUUGAAUAUCAGGAUGGAUCUGCGGUCGAUACUUCAGCUCUCGCUAGGAGUGUCACGUCAAUUCCACUGCCUUCAGGAUCGGCUCUUCGCCUCCAAGGCAUUCGCAAAACCGCUGAGGGUCUUCGAGCCAAGUGCGUCGGCGUCAGUACCAUCAGAGGUCUGGGUACUGGGGACCCUGCUCCAGAAGACAGCCUUAUCGAUCCUAAGGAGGAAAUCGAGAGCCCCUUUGUUGAGUUUGAUGUAAAGCCGAUGAUUGCAGAAGAGGAGCCAGAAGGAGAACCAGGGAUACCGAAGCCCCCAUCAGGCAAGAAAGAUCCGAAAGACUUCAAAUUCGUCAUUGGUGGUUUGGACGAUGAAGGAAAACUAUCUGUUCCACGUGGAUCAAGCAAAGUUCUUGAUGUUAAACUUGUUGACCCUGAAACAGGCGAAGAACUCCCCAAGGAUCCGAAAGCCACGUACGGAGUUGAACUGCAACGCGCCGACAAAACCCCAGCUCCAUUGGGUGUUCUUGCGGAUACCGUGGAGGUGCAAUCGGAGACUGGAGAGUUGAAGAUAGAAGGCUAUCGUGGUGAUACCCUGGAUAAUAACGCUGAUGAUCUGUUCCUUCAAUUUGUCGUGGAACGACCAGAUCCAGACGAAGAAGCUAAAACGGAAAAGUUUAAAUCGAAGCCGAUUCCUGUCAAGACACUGACCGAGUCCGGCGAACCGAUUCCAGGCAAGUGGAAGUUAGAAUUUUUGUACACCAGAAGACGCGCUAUUCGCCUGCCUGAUCUUAAACCCAUUGUUCUUGGACUCGGUAAAUGCGGCAAACUUGAAUUCAAGGAAGAUGACGAUGUCACGCUGAAAUGUCUCGCGGAAGACGACGACAAUCUGGUGUACGCGUGGGAGGUGAUUAAACCCGGUAGCAGCCAGGUCUCCAUAGCUGGCACUCUCGCUAAGUCGGUGGAACAGGAAGGCUCGAAGCUGCGUCUCAUCGGGAUGCGGUCGCAGCCCGCGACCUUGUUUGGUCGGUGUCUAAUCGCUCGAAAGUCCGGGAACGGCGCUCGCUACGGCAGCUACUACUUCCCAAUUGGUGGCCAGUGUGACCAGAAAACCGAUAUUAUGCUGAAGGUUGAGGACGUCCCAACGCGUUCCCUGCACGAACGCAAGUUCAAGUGCAAAGCUAUCCUGGUUGACACAGGAGCAGCGAUUCAGGGUGGAACCUUCCAAUGGGAGUUCGCCUCUUCCUCUGGCGAAGUUAUUCUUCCCAGUCACAUCUUCUCCAAAGUGGAAAUCGACGGUGACACUAUUCUUCUGAGUCGACCCAUUCCGGAAGUUGACUUGACCAAGUUCCUAGGUCCAAACGAUGGCGAAUUCAUUAUUGGAAGGUGUCGUGUGCUUCCAUCAGAAGACGGUGACAAGUUGGGCCAGUCAGCUAUCCCUCCCUCAGAUCCCUUCAUGGUCAUCAGCCCCGUCAAGGAUGGUGAAGAUGCUGGGAAACCCAAGUUUUUAGAGACGGUUGAUGUCAAGGACGAAAAGCCCGAAGUUGUCGUCAAAGGCGCAGAUAAUAAUCGCGUUGCACUUGAUGAAGGUGACUCGAUUACCCUCAGAUGUGAAGCUAAGGUCACCGUCAACGGCAUUGUAGAUAUCUUCAAAAAGACGAAGGUGGAGGGUCUGACGCAUGUGUGGGAGAUUCGCACCAAAGACAGCCGUCCAGUGGACACCAGCGCUCUGGCCGAAAGCGUGGAGGUGUUGCCAUCCGGGGAAAUCAGACUGACCGGUCUCCGACAAAGCGCGUCCGGACUGCGAGCUCGCUGCGUCCUCGUCAACGGCUCCAGUCCUGAAGCUGGAGAACCCAAGGAUCUGGGAGCGCUUCCUGCUGGCGAAGCAAAAGCGGGCGAAUUCGUUGAUUUCGACGUAAAGCCCGACCCGAGUAAAGAGCCUGAGUUCAACAGCACAAAAGCGUUUGAUAUUGACACAACGGAACCAUCACCGUUCAAAGUCAAAGUCGAGGGACUUGACGAUCGUCAUGCCUUGUCUGCGCAAAAAGGAGCGGAAGUCUCAUUAAAGGGAAAACUUCUUAACGUCGAAACUGGCGAGGAGGAAACAGAAAGGGUUCGGUUUGGUCUGGAGGCAAGUUACUCCGAUGGAAGUCCGGCCCCGCUUAACCUCCUUGGAGACAGUGUCUCGGUUGACGCAAGCACGGGUGAAAUCAAGGUGAACGGCUUCAAAGGGGACGCCUUGGUCCCACAAAAGGGGUCUCUACGAAUUCGUGUUGUUGCUGUCAGAGACGGAGUUGAGGGUGAUCCACCGUCACCGGCAAGGACACGAUAUGCCUCCGACUAUAUCCCUCUGAUCAUACUGGACGAGGGUGGUUUGCCAGUCGAAGACACAAGACCAAGUUGUGGACAAUUCGAUCCAGUUUCACCAACAGUUGAGGGACUAAGUCCAUGUGGCAACCUCCUCCUCCAACAGGGCCAGUCGGCGUCUGUGUACUGUAAAGCAACCGGCAAUGCAGAAACCGAGGACCAAUUCGUCGUUGGUUGGGAGUUUCUUGAUGCCAAGGGGUCAUUGCUACCAUUGGCCGGUUUGAUUUCGAGCUCCGCCGUGGCCGAGGGAAGCUCGCUUCACCUGACUAACGUCAGACAGCCCAGCACUCCCAUGUUCGGCAGGUGUGUGGUUUCAAGGAAGGCCGGUGAUGACACCCGAUACUUCAGUUCCCUGUUCCAGAUCGGUGGUGAAUGUGCUGAAGCUGUCCCGUUGACGACACCGGCGCCAUCAACCGAGGAAACAAUCCCUACGGACCCAAAUUCAACAUUUACAGGAGAAGCGUCCGAUAAUAACGUACGAAUUCGCUUCCAGCUAACUGGCAUCAACCCUGAUCGUCUUGUGAUAGCAAAACCUGGGGAAAAUGCGACCAUCACGUGCGCUGCCUUUGAUGAGAAAACCAACGAAUCCAUCCCCGACGCAAAGAUAAGCUGGGAGUUUGCCGAUCUUGAGUUGAAUAGAAUCAGUCCAAUGCGCAUCGCUAACAAGGUGUUUACCCAAGGCAACAAUGCCAUCAUCUUUAUCGAUCUCCGCAACGAACCAAAGGCCGGCGGACGAUGUCUUGUCACUCUUGAUAGCAAGGCUACAAUCAGCACCCCCUUCUUCUACUUCCACGUCACAGACGACGGAGAUGCACCUCCAACUGAGGAACUUCCAAAUGGCAAGACAACUGUAAAAGUGCAAGUUGAAGGUCUCAACGACCUGGGUCAGGUCUCCGUCAAGCAGAUCGGUGAUGACGUCCAACUGACUUGCAAAGCAGUGAAGGGGGAAACAGGUGAGGAGAUCACCGAGAAUGUUCGCUAUGGCUGGGAGUGGCGUUACCUCGACAACGACCCAGCAAUGACUAGUAAUGUGGCCGUAGGCAUCAGGACAGAUGGCGACAGUAUGGAACUGCAUGGAAUUCGCGCUCCUGAGGGAUUCGGGGGACGCGGUAUCAAGGGACGCUGUGUGUUGCACAUCCCCAAUAGAGUUAUCGAACCUGAAGCUCCCCAUGGAGACGCGGAACGCAAAUUUAGCUCACCAUACUUCACUGUCGUCGUGGACCGACUUCCGGCUGUCUCCCAACCACCCGUUCCCGGACAUCCAAUCGAUGGCAUCAUUGUUGAGAUCUCCGGAGCAACAGAUGGAGAACUGAAGGCAAGCCAGGGAAGCGAUGCAAAGCUUGACUGUGUUGUUAAGAACGCCACCACCGGGAAGCCGAUUUCAGCGGCGUUGUACGCCAUUGUUUAUGGAUGGGAGUUCAGGGAUGCAUCGGGCAGUGCUGUGGACAGCAGUUUCUUUGCCAACGCGGUAAACAUUGAGCCACAUGGCAGUAUUCGACUGUCGGGGCUGUCAGCACCGCUGUCGGGUCGAUUCCCGAUGCGAAUUCGAUGCUACGCCACACUGGCUCCUCGACUGCUCGUCGAUGACAAAGCUGUCCCGCAACCACGGUUCUACACAUCGGACUUCGUCGGCCUCUUGAUCGUCAGGCAAGAUGGAACAGUGACAGCGCCUCUUCCAGGCCAGCCGGAACCUGAUGUGCAAGGCAACCGUGUCUUAGUUGAGAUUAAGGGACUACAUCCAAGUGGUGAACUCAGGAAAAUGCCUGGUGAAAACGCUGAGCUGGAGUGCGUGGCGACAGAUGCAAAAACAAACCGGCCAAUCGAAGACGGCCAAGUGACCUACGACUGGAGCCUAAUCCGACCGAACGGCCAACGCCUCUCGACUGGCCAAAUAGCCCGAGAAGUUGUUUAUGACGGGCCUCGUAUAGUCUUGAACCACGUGAAGAUGAUGGAUGGUGAACUUGGUGGAUCAAAAGGACGCUGCGAGGUCGUUUACAAUGGACAAUUGUACACCUCGCCCUUCUUCCUCUUUGACUUCACGCCAAAGCGUCCGGAUGAAAUUGUCGAAGGUGACGGCAAACUCAUUGUUCACGUGGAGGGUGCAGAUGACGCACUUGGGGCCAUACGACUACCUCCAGGAGACAAGAUUCUUCGCUGCUUUGCCGUUGACGCGAAGUCUAUGCAACCAGAAACUGACGUGUCCUAUGUCUGGGAGUACGAUAUGAGCCUUGGAAGGGGUCUCCCUUACAUGCCCGAUGUGAUGGAUCCUGAACGUGUGAAGACCUUCAAAGAAGGCCCGAACGGAUACCUAACUCUUACGGGAACAUCUGAUCAAAGAGUUGACGAGAGCAAGGUUUCACGUGUGCGUUGCCGAGUAUUCAAGGAUGGAGCUAGUUACACUUCCAAAUACUACGACAUCCGAAUGGAACACGAAGACAUCGAAGCGCAAAAACCUGAUGACAAAUUGGUUCCAAAGUACUGGCCUCAAGUGACCGGACUUGAUGAUGAAGGGCGUGUAUCAGCGGAUCCCAAUGACGCGGUUACACUCGGCUGUCAAGCUAUUGACACCCUAACUGGCGAGAAGGUUAACAAUGUGGACUACCUGUGGGAGCUGCGUGGCAUCGAUGGAAGGAUGGUUGACCCAACUGAAAUUUCCGCCGGAGCGGUCAACUUCAAGAGAAACCAAUUAAUCAUAGAUGCGAUCCGCGCUCAAUACGGAACUGUGAAGGGUCGCUGUGUCGUUGUGGAUCGAACGACGAAGGAACAAUUUCCUUCACCGUACUUUAUCUUCGCCGUCCCACCAUCCUACGGACCGGAAGAGGUCGGACAGAAACUGCCUUUAGUCAAAGACGCCCAGCCUGAAGACACUCGCGUGAAGGUUUGGGUCUCGGAGCUAAACGACCUCGGAAAUCUUAAUGGAAUGGUCGGUCAGGACGCCUCGUUGCAGUGUCACGCCGAACCGCAAGUGGAUAGCGCGUACGUGGUUAACUACUCGUGGCAAUUUGUCGAUCAUCAUGGUCAGCCCCUAUCACCCAGUGCUUUAGCCAACGAGAUCUCGACAACUGACGCCGGCGUCCUUCAAAUGUCAGGACUGCGGGCUCACAAGGACCCUCAAGGCUACUUUGCUGUGGCGGGGCGUUGUCUCGCGCACGUCGACAUUGAGGAUGCGAAGGGACUUAGAGAACAGUUGCGCUUCCCAUCCAAGUACUUCCACGUCGUGGUUCGGGACACUGAAAGCCCAGUUCUUCCAAGGGUCCCCGAGGACUCUCAAGGAGAAUUCGUUGUCGUCGAAGUGGAAGGUCUUGACAAACACGGCAACCUCAGAGCUGAACCCGGUGCCAUUGUCACUCUCACAUGCAAGGCCAGAGACGUGAACGCCGGCGACCAAGCUGUGAGUGGAGGACAGGCCUGGAGCUUCUCAGACUCCCUAGGCCGUGAAGUGUCGAUCGACCGUUUGGCCAUGUCUGCGGAGAAGAGCGGUCAUAGCCUCAUUUUGACGCAUCUCAGACCAACUGUCGAGGACGUGAUAAUCCGUGGCAAAUGCAUUGUAUUUAGCGACAAGAGGAAACGCUUCUACUCGUCUGUGCCAUUUGAGGUGACCGUCAAACGAGUUAAGGAAGAGGCAAUGGAAGAUGACGAUGUGGCUGUUGAAGUAACCGGAGACAUUGCUGACGGUGCGUUUACGGGCACCAGGGGUGGUGAAGGGACCCUCUAUUGUUCAGCGACGGACACCAAGACUGGGGAAGCUGUUUCUGCCAAAACGGAAUGGGAAUUUGAGGUGGACGGUCAGCUAAGGUCCUUGGAUUCGCUCGCCGGUGACAUUGCCGGUGAGGUUGUCCAAACCACGAGUCCAGUCGACCCUCAAGCCUCGAUGCUUCACCUCAAGGCCAUUAGUGGGACCUCGCAGUGGACGCGGAUGCGCUGCAAAGCUACCGUAACUAAGGAGCCAGAAGAGGCAGCAGCAGCAGUUCCUGUUGGAAAGACGUACUAUUCUCCUUUCGUGUCCUCGGGUGCUCUCUUCGAAGACAAAGCUCCAAGAGGACCGAUUAUCACAGACCCCAACAUUUCUAUUCGCGUGCAUGGUCUUGAUGAGGAUAACACCGUGGUUGCGAACGUUGGAGACGACAGGACGCUCGAGUGCUCGGCAAUCGAUAUGACCACUGGCCAGCCGAUUAAGAAAGCCAAGUUCACAUGGAGCCUUCACACGGUAGAUGACCAGCCCCUGAUCACCAGCAGGCUCGCUGAACAAGUCCACGUAAUCGACGGAGAGCUUCGACUUUCUGGUCUACAGGAGUCAAGUAGAUUUGCGAGGGCUCGGUGUCUAGCUAAAUUGCCGCCAAAAGACGGUGAGGUUGAGGAGAAACCCAAAAGAAAACCGCUGUUCUACGCCUCGCCGGUUGUCAGCUUCAACGUUACGAGGAAGGAAGGCGAGCUGGUCCCCCCUGAACCCGAAAUCGAUAUAUCGAGCUUGAUGGUGGAAGUACAGGGCAUUUCGCCAUCUGGAUCAUUGACUGACGUCGCGGGCAGCACAAGAACUCUUGAAUGUGUUGUGACAGAUAAGUGGAAAGGUGCGCCAAUUGUUGAAGGCGUUUCCAUCGGUUGGGUGUUGGCCACGGGUCCAGACAACCAGCCAAUCGAAGUGAGUCGACUGGCCGACAAGGUGGAGUUCAGUGGAACCAAGUUGACUCUCACUGGGCUGCACGCGACAGUCAAGCACACGGGCGGUUUGCGGGGUCAGUGUGUUGCCUCGGUGAUCGGUGGUGACGCAGUGGACGGUCCGGUUGUGAAUUCGGACGUUUUUGCCAUCCACAUAGCCCCGAAACCCUCCAUCGGUCCAGAAGAACCGAAAGAUCGCGAGGAUGAAGAGGAAGACAAAGUGAAGGGACUACCUGAUACCUGGCUUCCUGGACCUGAGCCUAAGGACGCAGUUGUGGUGAUCAUUCACGAACUAAACCGUGACGGAGAACUAGAAGGCAACGUGGGUGCAAAUGCGACCCUCACAUGCGUGGCUCAUGACACAAAAACACAGGAGCAACUGAAGGUUGGUAGCCCUGAAGACGGAGUGUCUCCGCGCUUCGGUUGGGAAAUUCGGGACCAAACGACCGGAGAGGAGGUAAACCUCAACGAAUUGGUGUCAGGUCAGGUGAUUGUGACGCAGACUGCCCAGGGUGUCGAUGCGCCAGACGCUAGUGCUGCCAGCCGACUGCGUCUGCACGGACUUCGAUCGACAGUUGGAAGGCGACUUCACGGUCGAUGCACGGUUCGUCUGGACGGACAGCGCUACAGUAUUAUCUGUUGCUGGGUCUUUAUAGCGGACGACAAUGCCAUAUCCGUGGUUGUGACUGGAAUAGAUGCUGAUGGUGGAAAAUUGGUAAUGCCGGGAAAUAAUGUUUCGCUAACCUGCACGGCGAUGAACACAAAAUCAAAGAUUCCCCUGCCUGAAAAGACAGUUUCGUACGGGUGGCGAUUGGUUGAUGCCGAUGGUCGUGAAAUUCCUCCUGAACGUCUGGAGUCGCUUGAAGUCAGUGGAAGCACUUUGGAUCUAACCAAAGUCUCCUAUCGUGCUGGCGAAAGUGGAUCUCCAGAACCCAUUUACGGUUGGUGCGUUGCGGGCGUGAAACAGCCAACCGCGUUCCCUCCGCUGCUGCGCUAUCGAUCCGACACGUUCAUUAUCUACCCGACUGGUGAACCUGAGGUAUCUGACAAACCAGACAUUACCUUAAGCGUGACAAACGUUGGUGGAGACGAGGACUUCCUGGUUCGACCUGAUGAGAACAUCGAGAUGUUGGUCACCGUGACAGACACAAAAACGGGUGAACAGAUACCGCCAGAACACGUCAAGAUUGGUUGGGAAUGGACAGACGUGAGUGGGUCACGACCAAUUAACUUGGGCGAAUUUGCCGCUGGAGGCGAGGAAAUCACAGACCGUGGCAACUACAACGCCUACGACGUCCGUCUCCCACAGACUGUUCGUGGACGCGCUGUAGCCGUCUACACUUCGCCCGAGGAUGGACGCAAGUGGCGCUACACUUCAAACUACGUCUUCCUCUCGCCCGACCGCGAUGCCGCUCUGGGUGAAGGCGAAGAACCAGUCAAGGAGAUUCCGUUUGAUGAAGGCACGUGUUGUGAUGACGGGAAAGUUGUCCUAAAAGUCUCCGGCCUGAAUGAAAAUGGGCAGUUCGUUGUUCCUGUUGGAGGCGAAGCAGAAAUCAGUGUGGUCGCUAAUGAUGCAGAGUCGGGCGAACCUCUGACCGACAAGACAGAGCCAUCACUUUUGGGGUACGGUUGGGAGGUCGUGGAGCCUGAUUCGUUGCACACCCACACUGCCGACCUGGCCGACUCCAUCAAGAUGGAUUCGAAGACGGGUAAAUUCACUGUGAAGAAUCUGAGGGCAGGUGAUCGCCAGGUUCUUUUGCGAAUGACGGCGCUUGUUGAAGCGAAGGAAGAUGAGGGGAAGGACGCAAGGCUACUUCACAAACGCUACAAGUCUGACCUCAUCCCACUCGUGCCCGAGGGCUCUAAUUGGCCAGCAGAAACAGCCAUGGACUUGACCGGAAAAGGUGUCACCGUUACAGUUGAAGGUUUGGAUGAAAAUGGCGAUGUCGUGGUGAAUGCUGGCGAAAACGUUGAAUUGAGAGCCGUCGUAAAGGAUACUUCUGGCGCUGCUCAAAGUGUUAAAGGUUACUCUUGGACCUUCAUCGAUCGGAAGGGCUACCCAGUUGCUCCGUCUUCCAUUAGCAGAAGUGUCCAGGAAAGCUCCGACGGCAGUAUCAAGCUCUCCGUGAUUCAACCGUCGGCAAUUUCGGAUGGCGUUCGAGGCAUCUGUCGCGUGGCAGUGGAACGCGAAGGCGAAGCCGGACCCCAGUACUAUCAGUCCAAGUGGUUCGCCUUCAAAGCCCCCCCUGGAGAUGGAUCUGGCACGACCGACCGUCCCGAUAUCUCGACCGGAGAUCUAGACUAUGGAUUCAAUUUGACAGUCAAGUCUGAUUCAAGCGUUAUCUACCCCAUCCAUGAGGGUUACAUCGUCAUGGCACGGCCUCAUCUUCCGCUUGAGUUGGACUGUAUAGCCGAGUUUGCGGAAGGAGUCAGCCCGAGACUGUCUGAGUCUGGAAGGCCUAUUCCCCAACUUUCCUGGUUCUACCGGCGCCCCGAGAUCCCCGGAGAUGUGCCGAUUCCAGCAGAACUCUUCCCAGUAAGACCGGGCAAACUGGAGACGCUGCUUAUUAGUGAAGUGAACGACCAGGCCAUCCGCAUCUCCUCGGACCACUACGACUUCCGCAACGACCUUGCCGAGUUCCAGUGCCACGCCUUCGAUGGGGAUAAAACGCUGGCCAAACAGACUGUUUAUAUUAACCGCGUGAAGGAGCGCCUUCGUGUGCAGGUUUUCGACGAGGACUCGCGCACAGCGGUCUACGCAUUGGAAAACUCCAAGACAACGCUGUCAUGCUACGUCGAAGAUGAAAUCGAAGGAGGUCAAGUGGAUCCCCUAAGCUACAAGUGGGAAAUUUACCGUCCAGAGCAAGGUUGGGACGAAAUCAUAAAGACAGGAGAACUGGCAGCUACGGUCACAGGAGUGGACAGUAAGGAUCUGGCAUUAGACGGCCUCGUCGUCUCCGAGGGAGACCAAUUAUCGUCCAACUACCAGGUUCGCUGCGUCGCUCAGCUGAACGACACCUACUACACCGUCUCCCGUGGCUUUGCUGUCAACGUUCACCGCACUCCUGAAUUGAAGUCAAUCCGCCUGAUACGCGAAAAGCCACAACACCUUGAACUGACAGCUGAACCAGCCAAAGAUAUAUACGACGCCGGUUUUGAUUACCUCGUGUCAUGCAAACCGGACUUCUCAGCUGGCGAUGUUCAGGCUGUGUGGGAGAAGUUCGAUGCAGAAUUCGAUGACUGGGACCCCGUAAGCCCACCCUCUGACCAACUCUUCUUUGUGGCCGACUCGACGGAAUACCAAGACGAGGGUCGGUAUCGUUGCCGCAUCAACCUCAGUUUGCAGGACUAUGGGUUCCACUUGAUUAGGACUCGCGAACUGGAACUUAGCAGAAUCGCUGGGCCAGCGCCAUCGAGCAGGGACCAGCAGACCUUCACGGUAAACGACGAGUUGAUGCUGCAGUGCACCGAUCGUUCGGCGUCUCCACAGGUCGAGGUUGAGUGGUCCUUUGCGCCCAGUGGCGUGGCACCACCUGCUGGCAAGGAACCCCUCACCAUCGGCAGCUACUUCCAACACGAGAGAACCAGCGUCUUCAUCAUCCCUCGUGGUCAGUUGCUGGAGUCACAUUCGGGAACCUACACUUGCACACGAACCAAUGAGCACGGACAAGCCACGACAACCAUCAUCGUCGCGGUCAAACCGGACACCUUCGAGGCCGUCUGA